UACUCGUUACGCGGGGCGCACAUCAUUCAAAAUUUUUCCUAGAGGGUCGCAUUUGACCCGUGGACCGCAGGUUGCACAUUCCUAGAUUAAACAAUUGACCGACUAACUUUUUUCUGGUUUAACUAGUAAGUUCCAAUCAAAAGUUAAAUUUUAAUAGUUUGUUAAAAUCUCACCAAUAUGCCUCCGAAAAAGAAGGGAGGGAAGAAAGGGAAGAAGGGAAAGAAAGACAAGGAAGAAGGAUCAGCGACAGGGGAACGUCCAACCAGUGGAAAGGAAUUAACGGAACUUAGUAAAGAGUUUUUUAUGAUUCAAGUGAAAGAUUUGGAAACAAGGUUAAACAGGUACCAGCAGAAAUGUGACGCCCUUGAUAUUUCGAAUAAAGAAUUCCAAGGGAAAUAUGAUCAGCAAGUCAAAGACAAGAAGGAAAUUGUUUCAUUUCUGAAGAAACAACUUGAACAACGGUCUGACGAGAUUUUAGAUUUGAACGAUAAAUUGGCUGCAUUACAACAGGCCAAAGACACUGAAAAGGAAUCUUAUGAAAAACAACUGGCAACACUGAAACAUGAAUUCCAAGAAAUGAAAGAUCAGCUGACGUCAGAAAAUAUGAUCCUGGGUGGAAAACUGUCUUCGCUUGAAGAAUUUAAGGUUCAAAAAGAUGAUUUGAUGAAAAAAUUCGCAGACAUGGAAGAGAAGCUGAGACAACAAGCAGAAAGCCACAAAGAAACAAUUUAUAAUUUAGAAAGAAAAGCUGUUGUGGAUAAAGACAGACUCAAAAAAGAAAUGGUUCUACGAGUAAACACGGUGGCAGCAGAGUUUCGUAAGGUAUCGAACAAGCAGAUGGCAGACACAACAAAAAGGACAAUCAGAGAAAACGUCUCAAUCAAUUCUCAAUUGUCAAAGAUGUCUGAAAAAACUAAAGACCUAAUUCAGGAGAAUGAUGAUUUAACUGAUAAAGAUCAGAAACAGAAAAUCCAAAUUGAACUGUUGGAGUCGACACAAGAGGAAUUUGCAAAGAAGAAUCAUAGUAAUUUGAAGGUGAUCAGAAUGUUGACGGAAAAAGCAAAACAACAAGAAGAAAUGAUUGAAGAAUAUGAGAUGAGAGAGCAAGAAUAUGAACAACUUGAGACUGAGGCAAUGCAUUUGAGAAAUGAGAACUCUGAGUUUAACACUCAGAUUGAAGAAAUGAACAAACAGAUUGCAACACUUGAGAAAGAUCUUCUUGAAAUGACGAGUCAGAAAGAAGAUGAAGUCGGUGCCAAAGAAAGGUUGGAAGACGUUUUGGCAGCAGUGACACAGUCUUUGACUGAGGUUCUUCAAACACCAGAACUGGACGAUGUUGAUACGGCAGUGAAACGGCAAACCAUGAUAGAACGGUUGUUACUUGUGCUUAACUCAGCUGUUAUCCUUGGUAAAGCUCCACCGCCAGCUGAUCUAUUCAAACAAAGACCUAAGGCUGUGAUGGCUCCCUUGAUUCCUAAGUCCAAGAACAGGCAACCGAAAGGGCAGACACUGACUGGACCAUCUCUUCAUUCAUUCCCACAUUACAAGCUCGGUGACUUAGGUCUGGUACCCAGGCCGCCUCCAGCUCCACAAAACCGGCCACACGAGACUGUUGCACAUCUCUCAAACACAACACGAACCAAAGGCGGCCAAGACAAGAAAUUCGUCGAAUUUUUAGCUUUUAAACAACCCUCAAAACUGCCAGCUAUUCCACAAAAAAUGACCUGAUUUUAUUGUAGAGAAUUUUUUUUCAUUUCUUAUCACAAAUUUUACGAUAUAUAUAUCCGAACAAACAGUUUUUGUCCACUUUAAACAUGAGUAUAAGUUAGUAUAAGUUUAUUUUGACUCCAUAAUCAGCAUAAUCGACGAUAAAAUAAUUGAGGAAAACAAAAUAAAUAAAACUGAUUAUAGAAUUGGGCGAACAAAACUUAAAGUGAGGUUUAGAACGUACAGAUUUUAGGAUGAAAGGUGUUGUUAAAGGAAGGAGUACAUGUUCCCCCAACCCAUUUAAUUAAUAUAUUCUUAUAUUUUAUAUUUAUAUUAUUAAUUACUUUGUGGAAAAAUGCUAUUAAACAUUUAUUUUAUUUGCAUUACACUUAACCCCUUUAAUCAAGGAACUAGAUUUUGGUAGAUAUAUCCUAAUCUACCAUUAUUUACUUCCUGUUGCAUCGU